AUGGUUGACAAGUCAAAAGUGGAUUAUUCACUGUAUUUGGUGACAGAUUCGACAAUGUUGCCACCAGGGACAACAUUAGUAUCCCAGGUUCGAUCAGCUCUACAAAAUGGGGUCACUUUGGUUCAGUUGCGCGAGAAAGAAACGGAUACAAAAGUGUUCAUCGAAGAAGCUUUGAAAGUUCAAGAGCUUUGUCGUCAGCACAAUGUGCCUCUAAUAAUCAACGAUCGUGUGGAUGUUGCGCUUGCAAUUGACGCUGACGGUGUACAUGUUGGACAGGACGAUAUGCCUAUACCUAUGGUCCGUAAACUGCUUGGUCCUGAUAAGAUUAUAGGUUGGAGCGUAGGCUAUGAGCACGAAGUUCAGAAACUGGCCGAUAUGGGACCCCAACAAGUGGACUAUAUUGGUUUGGGAAUGGUUUUCCCCACUGAGACCAAAAAAAAUGCCAAAAAGUCUCCAAUGGGACCUAGAGGAGUCUCCAGCUUGUUAGACGCUUUGCAAGCCUCGAAUGCUACUUGGUGCAAAACUGUAGCUAUAGGUGGUCUACAUCCGGACAACAUCGCCCGAGUUUUAUACCAGGUAUGCUCUGAAGAUGGGAAAAGGAGUCUGGACGGUAUUGCUGUAGUAAGUGACAUAAUGGCUUCAUCACAAGCCGGAGAAGCUACAAAGCGACUCCAUAGUAUUAUUGAUGCCAAUGCGUACCCUUUUGUUACGGGCGUCGUUUCUCAGACCGUGAAUUCCGUCGUUUCUGCCCAUGCUUACAUCGACUCCAUCAAACAAAACUCGCCCUUAAUUCAUCAUAUCACCAACAAAGUACACCAAAAUUUUGGUGCUAACGUAGCACUUUCAUUGGGAUCAUCGCCCAUCAUGUCAGAAAUUGAACCGGAGUUCACAGAACUGUCUCAAGUGCCACAUGCGACGCUUCUCUUAAACACUGGCUCAGUCGCGCCUCUAGAGACUUUGGUGAGUGCAAUGAGAGCGUACAAUGAUGCCAGAAGGCCUAUAGUGUUUGAUCCUGUCGGAUUCAGUGCCACUUCGGUUCGUUUGGUUCUGAACAAACAUUUACUUGCUCAUGGUCAGUUCACCUGUAUAAAGGGUAAUGCUGGCGAAAUUUUGUCACUGGCUGACAUGAACAUGGGCAAGAUGAGAGGCGUGGACUCUGGUCAUACGGGGUCUGACACUUCAGUCAUCGCUACCGCCACCAGACUCGUUGCUUACAGAUACCGUUGUGUUGCCGUCUGCACAGGCAAAUUUGAUAUCGUGGCCAAUGGAUUGAACUCAGGAAACUUCAAGCUAUCAGUGGGCUGCAAUUCCCCUCCAUCUCAACUUCCAGCGUAUAUAGUGGAGGCUGGCGAUAUCCCAUUAAUGGGUAAAAUAACUGCGAGUGGUUGUUCUCUCGGGACAACAAUAGCAUGUUUGAUAGGGGGGAUUUCUGACAAACAAGACAUUUUUGGCGGUGUGUUAACAGCAGUUCAAAUGUACAAGUCAGCAGGCCAUACCGCCUCCCUAAAAAGCAAAGGCAGCGGCAGUUUUCAAGUCAACUUGAUAGACGCUUUGGACAAUAUGUUGAAGGAAAAUAAUCCUUCAAGCUGGAGCGCAACAUAUCGCUCGAUAUGA